UCUAGGCGCAUUGCGCACUCUCUAUCAGACCCGGCAACUUGCUCUUCUCAAUCAGACCGGUCGAACUGUCGGAUCAAAAUGGUGAACCUCGGCGAUGUAUUCCCCAAUUUCCAAGUUGACUCUACUGCUGGCAAGAUAGACUUCCACGAAUGGUUGGGAAAUAGUUGGGCCGUCCUGUUCUCCCAUCCUGCGGACUACACUCCUGUGUGCACCACCGAGCUCGGCCGAGUUGUACAGCUUGUCCCAGAGUUCCAGAAGCGAGGUGUUAAGUUGAUUGCACUCUCCUGUGAUGAUGUUAAAAGCCAUGAAGGAUGGUCACAGGAUGUGCUUGCCUAUGUGGAUGUGAAAAGCGAAUUCCCCUACCCUAUCAUCUCGGACAAGGACAGGUCUCUUGCGGUCAAGCUGGGCAUGGUGGACCCUGACGAGAAGGAUGCUGCUGGGAUGCCCCUUACCUGCAGAGCAGUUUUCAUUAUUGGACCAGACAAGAAACUGAAGCUGUCAUUCCUCUACCCUGCUACAACUGGCAGAAACUUUACUGAAAUCCUGAGAGUGAUUGACUCUCUCCAGCUGACAGCCACAAAGAAAGUUGCGACCCCGGUUGACUGGAAAGUUGGGGAUGAAUGUAUGGUUGUUCCUUCUCUCUCCAAUGCUGAGGCCAAGAAACUCUUCCCCAAAAUGAGAAUGGUUGAACUUCCUUCCGGGAAGGAGUAUGUCCGCAUGACCCAAGUGGAUGGUCAAGUGAGGAUGUAAAUAUUCUGAAAAUGGUUUCUUCUGAAAUAUGUCCAUGUCUGUUUAAAGACUCACUUAAUAUCAUUGUACAUUAUACAUUUUGUUUACAUUAUGUCUUCUGUAAAAGCCAACUGACAUUCGAACUGCAGUACAAGCAUGCUUGUAUGCAAUUGUUAUUUGUUAAGAUAGUGGAUUUGCUAUUAUAUGUAAACAGACCCGUAUAUUUUUUUAACAAAUGUUUGAGAUGUAACUUUCUAGAAAGUGACUUUCAGAUUGUAUUUAGAGCUUAGCAAAGGUAAUUGUUUCAGAUGCUAUUUUUCUUUGUUCACAAAAUAAAGACAUCAUUACCA